AUGGCAGACAAAUUAACAAGAAUUGCUAUUGUCAACCAUGACAAAUGUAAACCUAAGAAAUGUCGACAGGAAUGCAAAAAGAGUUGCCCUGUAGUUCGAAUGGGAAAAUUAUGUAUAGAGGUGACACCUCAGAGCAAAAUUGCCUGGAUUUCUGAAACUCUUUGUAUUGGUUGCGGUAUUUGUAUUAAGAAAUGCCCCUUUGGCGCCCUAUCAAUUGUCAAUUUACCAAGCAAUUUGGAAAAAGAAACCACACAUCGAUAUUGUGCCAAUGCCUUCAAACUUCACAGAUUGCCUAUUCCUCGACCAGGUGAAGUUUUGGGACUAGUUGGAACUAAUGGUAUUGGAAAGUCAACUGCUUUAAAAAUUUUAGCAGGAAAGCAGAAACCAAACCUUGGAAAGUAUGAUGAUCCACCUGAUUGGCAAGAAAUUUUGACUUACUUCCGAGGGUCCGAAUUGCAAAAUUACUUUACUAAGAUUCUAGAAGAUGACUUGAAAGCCAUCAUCAAACCUCAGUAUGUGGACCAGAUUCCCAAGGCUGCAAAAGGGACAGUGGGAUCUAUUUUGGACCGAAAAGAUGAAACAAAGACACAGGCAAUUGUAUGUCAGCAGCUUGAUUUAACCCAUCUAAAAGAACGAAAUGUUGAAGAUCUUUCGGGAGGAGAGUUGCAGAGAUUUGCGUGUGCUGUUGUUUGCAUACAGAAAGCUGAUAUUUUUAUGUUUGAUGAACCUUCUAGUUAUCUAGAUGUUAAACAGCGUUUAAAGGCUGCUAUUACUAUACGAUCCCUAAUAAACCCAGAUAGAUAUAUCAUUGUGGUGGAACACGAUCUAAGUGUAUUAGACUAUCUCUCUGACUUCAUCUGCUGUUUAUACGGUGUACCAAGUGCUUAUGGUGUUGUCACUAUGCCUUUUAGUGUAAGAGAAGGCAUAAACAUUUUCUUAGAUGGCUAUGUUCCAACAGAAAACUUGAGAUUCAGAGAUGCGUCACUUGUUUUUAAAGUGGCUGAGACGGCAAAUGAAGAAGAAGUUAAAAAGAUGUGUAUGUAUAAAUAUCCAGGAAUGAAGAAAAAGAUGGGAGAGUUUGAGUUAGCAAUUGUAGCUGGAGAAUUCACAGAUUCUGAAAUCAUGGUGAUGCUUGGAGAAAAUGGUACCGGUAAAACAACAUUUAUCAGAAUGCUUGCUGGAAGACUUAAACCUGAUGAAGGAGGAGAAGUACCAGUUCUAAAUGUCAGUUAUAAGCCACAGAAGAUCAGUCCCAAAUCAACUGGAAGUGUUCGCCAGUUACUACAUGAAAAAAUAAGAGAUGCUUACACUCAUCCACAAUUUGUGACUGAUGUAAUGAAGCCUCUACAAAUUGAAAACAUCAUUGAUCAAGAGGUACAGACAUUAUCUGGUGGUGAACUGCAGCGAGUAGCUUUAGCUUUGUGUUUGGGCAAACCUGCUGAUGUCUACUUAAUUGAUGAACCAUCUGCAUAUUUGGAUUCAGAGCAAAGAUUGAUGGCAGCGAGAGUUGUCAAACGCUUCAUACUUCAUGCCAAAAAGACAGCCUUUGUGGUGGAACAUGACUUCAUCAUGGCUACUUAUCUAGCAGAUCGGGUCAUUGUUUUUGACGGCAUUCCAUCCAAGAACACAGUUAUACUCCUGAGAGUCCCACAGAUCUACAGAGAAACUCUUGGAGCAGUAGUUAAGUGUUCUGCUGCUGAUAACAAAAUCAGUUCAAACCCACCUGAGGCUCUGGGAGAAAUGAUCUGA